AUGCAGUCGACUUCGAUUAUUUGCGCGGCAGCGCUGCUUGUGAUGGGCGCAUCGGCCCACGGCAACAUUACAUCGCCGCCUGCACGUCUCCCGGGCCCGGCCAUGGCGGCGGCUUGUGGUGCUCAGGCGGUCGCUUCGGUGGAAGCAGAUGGAACGAUUCCGUUGGAGAGCGUCUCUGGGGCAUCUGCUACCUGUCAACUGGACUUUUGCCGUGGCGCCACGUUUGAAGACAAUGUCGACCUGGUGCAGACAUUCACCCCGGGCCAAGUCGUGGCCAUGACGGCGAUUCUGCCCAUUCCGCACGAGGGGCCCAUGAAUGUGUCCAUUGUGGACGCGGCGACCAACGCCGUCAUUGGUGACCCUCUGAUUGAGUUUGACAGCUACGCCGACGAGUCCCUGGCGUCGCUGCCGGCCAACAAUACCGACUUUUCCGUCACUAUCCCGCAGCUCGAGGCCGGUCAGUGUGCGCAAGCCGGUGAUUGCGUCUUGCAGUGGUUUUGGUUCGGGACGUCGGCGCAGCAGACGUAUGAGAGCUGUGUUGAUUUUGUAUUGGCAUAG